AGGCAGACGGGCUGGACUGAACCCAAAAUACGCUCACUUAGCUGACAACUACAAAAUAAAUAAAAACUCUAAGCAGUUGAAACAAUUAUAUUAAGUUUACCGGUAAACAAUGUGACCAAGUGUGGAGACCUCCACUCGGUGAGGACCCCCAGGAAGAAACAACGAAUGACAACGAACUUUGGUCGCUGCGAGAGGCGCACUGCACCAUGGCAUCCCAACCGAGGGAAGAAAGGAACCUUCUUCGCCGCCGAGCAUGGGAACAAAGAAUCCAAGAAACCAGCCUGUCCAAGGAGCUUGAUGCUGAAAAUGUGCCACUCUUUGCAGAACCGUAUAAGACGAACCGAGGGGAUGAGCUCUCUGAUCGAAUCCAAAGAAUGCUGGGCAGUUACGAAGAUGUGAAUAAUGCCGCCCCUUUUUCACUUAAGGCUUUACCCAUUCCUUCUUACGCAACCUUCUCACAGUCUGAUCAGAACCGGCCAAGUGCCGAUCUAUCAAACGGAACUCUUUUCCACGAUCGGGACGUUUCCAUGUCUACUCAAAGCCUGAAUGGGACAUCAAAUAGUGGUUUCUCCUCGCCCCCGUCUGGCUCCUCUCUAAACCAAUAUGAACAUUCAUCCAGAUUAUCGGUCACUUCUUUGAGCCAUGGGCAGUUCAGUCACUCAGGACAUCAUAGAAAGGAGCGUGAAGUCUUCGGCCUUCCCCAGGAGAUCUCUGCCCUUUCUCCUGAUGCUAAGCCUCUUCCCGUCCUACAUUCCUCUGACCACAAUAUGGACAUGGAUACCAGGGACACUUUCAAUAGGCCUCAGCUUCAAGGCUCCCCAGAUAUUUCCUCAGGGGAGACGAGCGUUAAGCUUUCACCUGUAAAUCCACCUCCACAGCAAGCCAAGACUAACACGCUGCCCUGCCAGACCUUUUCUUCACUGCUGUCAUCCAAGCAGGCUGGGAUAGUGAUGACCCAGAAGCCGACGGCCUAUGUGCGACCCAUGGAUGGUCAGGACCAGGUGGUCAACAAAUCCCCGGAGCUGAAGCCUUCACCGGAGCACUAUGAAUCUUUGCCAGAACUGAUCGACAAAACUGACAUUGCCAAAACAAAGACAAUACCUCAGUUCUUAGAGGCAACAUCUGAUGAAGAUCUAUGUGUAGAAGAUAUCUUAAGGGAGAUGACUAAGUCCUGCCCACCCCUGCUGACAGCUAUACACACACCAAAGCCUGAACCAUCGCAGUCUCCAGUCCUAGCAAAGGAAGCAGAACAAGUCUCCUCCUGCCCAGAAGAAAAAAUCACAGAAUUUUCCAUUAAAGAUCAGUCUCACUACAGCCAGGAGAACUCAUCAAAGUCCCUCACAGCUACACAUUCCAGUGAUGCAGAGACGACGAGCUCCAGCGACUCUGAGAGCAGCGUAGAGUCCGAGUCAGACAGCGAUGUCUCUGUGAAGGAACCACCGAAACCUCUAGACAGCAAACUAGUUAAAAUUGAGCCUGAUUCUGUCGCAGUAAGCCAUUGUGACUGGCAGCUGGGAGAGUGGUUAAGGUCCCGUCAGCAGAACUCAAACACUGACGCUCAAACCUCCAAGCAGACCUGUGCAGACACCAGUGAGGGAUCCAAGUCCUUAUCUCAGCAAAAAGAGCUUACAGCUGAUGUUGCUGUUCCUCAGCGGAGCAGCGAAAGUAGCCGGGCGGGCUCUUUCAGCCAGGACAACAGCAAAACAUGCCUUCCUGAUGGUGCGAGCCACUGCAGCAGUUCCAGGAAACUCUCAAAGGCUUCAGCGACUUCCUGCACAGACCGCCCUGAAACAGCAAUCUGUGUUAAAACUGAGGAACAUGUAACCACAGAAAACACAAAGUCACGUUUAACAGACAAUCCGAAAGCAAAAUCAAAAACAGGGCAUCAGAAAAAGGACAGAAAAGACACUAAAGAAGAAGCAAAAAGGACUAAACACACUAAACAUCAUAACCUGUCUCCUGCUCCUCCAAUCAAGGUCAGCUGUUCCAAAACCCAUACAGAGACCAAGGUGCCUCACAAAUCAACCCACAAGCACUUGAAUAAUGCCAGCAAGGCAGCAAGCAGUUCAUUGGACCACUACCGGCCUCCUAAAUCCCUGCUGGUAAAGUUUGAUCUCAGUCUGCUCUCUAGAGUUCCUGGUAAUAACAAAGAGGUUCCCAGGAAGGAAAAGAGAGCAGCAAAAGAGAUGGAGAAGGAAGAAGCAAGCAAAGAGUCUUCCAAAGCAUCCACACCUGGAAAAGUAAAUAAAAAGAGCCAAAAUGUCAAGGUGGAGAUUAAAGGCCCUCCAAAAAAGAAACCCAAGUUGGAAAAAAAGCAAACCUCAAUAAACCCUGCUUCUGUGAAAGUAGAGGGUUCAAACAAACCAGGCAAAGAGCAAAAAAAGGUUAAGAAAACAUCCCAGGAACCGGUUUCCUCCAAAGACACAACUAAAGCUUCAAAGGUACAGAACCGCUCUGCAAAGAUACUGGUGGAAAGUAAGGAGACUGUUAAGAGCAAGGAGUCCAGAAAGCACAAGGAGAUCAAAGGAAAACUCCAUAAAAAGGGAAAGACUCCAGAAGGCAGACUCACUGUGCCUUCAACUUCACAGCCCCAGAAAGAAGCUGCGAGCAACAGAUCCUUGUUAAAAAUCGACAAAAGACAGUAUCCAGUGAACCAUUACAUAAAAGAGGCUAAAAAACUUAAGCACAAAGCAGAUGCAGAUCCAGAUAAGCUCAGUAAAGCGUUCACCUACUUGGAAGCAGCCAUGUUCUUCGUUGAGAGUGGCAUUGCCUUGGAGAAAGACCCCCAGAUUUCAGGGUCUUCCUAUACGAUGUUUGCAGAGACUGUGGAGCUCCUCAAAUUUGUGCUGAAACUCAAAAACCCAGUGGACUCCUCUGCUGCACCCUCAGAGAAGGACUUUGUAGCUUUAUGUUUGAAAUGCCAGUCCCUCCUGCAGAUGGCCAUGUUUCGACACAAACAAAAGAUCGCAAUAAAGUUUUCAAAAACACUUACAGAUCACUUUAGUAACUUUGCUCAGGGGCCAAAAAAACAUCUUUCCUCAUCAAAGACAGCAGAAAACCCAUCCCCCAGUGUGCCAUCUCCAGCCAGUUCAGGUCCCAGUUCAAAUCACAGCGGGUCUAGUAUCGCUGUGGAUGGUGCCACUGUGGCGAUUCCUCAAAACAUAGAACAAAUGGCUUUCUCUUAUGUCAACAUCACUUCACUGUUUGUUAGUGCUCAUGACUUGUGGGAGCAGGCAGAGGAACUGGCACAAAAAGGCAGCGGUAUUUCCACUGAGCUGGACGCUGCUCUGGGCCCACUGAAGCUGAUUUCAAGUAUGAGCUUCAUGGUCCGUUACAUCAGACAAGGGAUCAACUGGUUAAGACUGGACAGCCAAAAGCUAUGAUGCUAGGAGCCUAGACUGUCCUCUGUCAGUCUUAUCCGCAGGUUUUUUUUUUCUUGGUCUAGUCUUAUUUCAUUACCAAAGUCAAUGGGAGAUGAUUUGUUUUUGAACUCCUCACUUUUCUCACAAUAUCUCUAGAACAAAAACAUCUGUCAUCUGAACCCCCAGUGUAUGUUUGUUUUUUUCUUUCAAUUAACAGCAUUAAAUUGAUUUUGAAACCAGAGCUGAAAGCAAACAUGAGAGGAAGAUAUUAAUUUAUUACCAAAAGUGCCAUUUUUGGGGCUCAGUGAAUCUGCCCUCUUAAUCAAGGACAUGUGGUUCAAGUAUUUUGAGAUUUGUUGUUCUUUUUUUAAGCUUUUGUUAGUAUUAUGAUCUCUGAGGAGACCGGAUACCAUGGCACUUAAAUCAUCUUCGGUCUGUUGACCCUGCAGAUCUGUUUGCUAGCUUCAUGUUUAUUUGUGAGACAUCAGUUUGACCUGAUCCCUGUGAUCUAAAUAAGUUUUCUACUAUAGUGCCACACAAAUCAGAAUCAGCCUUUAAUUUAUUAUUCUAAGCUACCUUUUGGGUUUUGCAUUUCUUUUAUGUGCAAUAAUCACAAAUGAUGGAUAAAGAUGUGUUUAUGUGCCUUAUGAAGAAGUUGAAUUAUUGGAGACUUGCCUUUAGUUUGGUCCUUCUCAGACACCGUAAGGUGCAGAAAGCACUGUGGAUCAAGAGCAGCUGGAGCUUUAAUGGUGCAUAGGUGGAAACCAGCUCUUCUUCCUUGUCUUAAUAUUUCUUUUUUGCUGCUGUAAAACUUUGGUGCGCCUCGAGAAGCCUUUGUCUUCUCUGAUCAAGGUGAUGGUGAUCUUAUUGUUGUGAUGUUUGUUCAUGGUGGGUUCAUCAGACCAUAGCUGAAGAACACUUCAGCUCUUUAUUAAAAAGUUUAGAGCUGAAUAAUUUAAAGAGCUUCUCGUCUCUGUGGUUGUUGCUCCUGUUGGCACAAGCUAC